AUGGUGGGAGCGCUGAUUAUUGAGGAUAUUCUAUUUGGAGAGAAAGCAAUUUUAGAGGAAAUAAAAAGCUUGAAGGGAUGUAAAUCUCCCGAUCCAGAUGAGAUUCCAGCAAAACUGCUCCAUAGACUUGCUAGAGAGCUGGCCAAACCGUUGUCAAUUAUGUGCCAGCAAUCGUUCGAUGCUGGAAGUCUUCCCUCAGAUUGGAAAACAGCCCACAUUACACCACUUCACAAAAGUGGCAUUCGUGCACUUGCGAACAGCUACAAACCCGUCAGCUUUACCUCCAUAUCCUGCAAGGUAAUGGAGAGAAUAACCAAAAAGGAAACCCUAAAUUUCUUUUCCUAUGCGCAAUAUGGUUUUCGUAAAGUUAGGUCGUGCGCUACAAACUUGCUUUAUACGAUGCCAAGCUGGACAAGGGCCAUCGAUGCAAAAGACACCGUAAAUGUGGCCUACGUUGAUUUUCCGAAAGCUUUCGACAGUGUUCCACACCAACGCCUUCUGCACGAGCUGAGAGUUAUGGACAUCGGAGAAAAACGUCUUACGUGGAUUGAGAAUUUCCUCGCUGGUCGUUUCCAAACUGUGUGUGCAGGACGACAGCGACCAAGGCCAACAGUUAUCAAGAGUGGAGCCCCUCAAGGUUUAGUGCUCUUUAAUUUGUUCGUUGACGAUUGUGUAUAG